CUCCACCGCGGACUCACAGUUCUUCGUCAGUAGCGGAUGAAGCAACUUCCAGCGAAUCAUUUGUUGCAGGUCCCUUUUUGCUUGGGUCGCAUUCAGACCUUGCGAAACAGAUCUAGGGUCAAUUGGAUUACAGUUAAAAGAAGCUGAUAAGAAAGUGUCAUUUUCUGCUUUUGAAACACCGAACGCGCUCUCGCCAGGGUGGUCUUGUCUUCCUAUGACACGACCACUGUGGCAGGUUUUUUCAAGAGGGUCAGUGUCAAACACAGAAGCCGUGGACUAUAAAAACGAUGCCACUGGACAACGUGAAUCAUCUACUUGACUUCUAAACUUGUUGCAUUUGCUCCAGAAAACCUCCGAGUGCGCGUAUCGGAUACCUAUUUGUGCGUAACGGUGGAAGAGCUAUUCAAAUAGGACUAUUACUGAUGAUCUGUGUGCAAAAACCUACAUUUUUUGCAUCAAAAUCCAUUUAUGAGGAGAUGUUCUAUCUGCGCGCGGCGGAUUUGUGAGCGCAAAACCUGCUUCAGUCGCACCGGGUCGCGCACAUUGGAUCAGCAUGGCAGCCGGAGUCGCCGCGUGGCUACCGUUCGCGCGCGCCGCGGCCAUAGGAUGGAUGCCCGUGGCGAGCGCCCCGAUGCCGCCGCCUCCACGGGAGAAGAGGCGAGGUCAGGACGGUUUGAUCAUCUUGAACGUCAGCGGCACUAGGUUUCAAACUUGGCGGAAUACUUUGGAGAGGUACCCCGACACCUUACUGGGAAGCACAGAGCGCGAUUUCUUCUUCCACGAGGAGACCAACGAGUACUUUUUCGACCGCGACCCGGACAUUUUUAGGCACAUUCUCAACUUCUACAGAACCGGGAAGCUGCACUACCCUCGCCACGAGUGCAUCUCCGCCUAUGACGAGGAGCUGGCCUUCUUCGGCAUCAUUCCUGAGAUAAUAGGGGACUGCUGUUAUGAGGAGUACAAAGAUCGCAGGAGGGAAAACGCGGAGAGGAUUCAAGACGAUGAGGAGAACGAAAACAGCAAAGAUAUGGUGCUGCCGGAUAUGUCGUUCCGCGAGACCAUGUGGCGCGCGUUUGAGAACCCGCACACCAGCACCAUGGCGCUGGUGUUUUAUUACGUCACGGGUUUUUUCAUCGCCGUCUCUGUUAUGGCCAACGUGGUGGAGACGGUCCCGUGCGGCAGCGGGCCAAACCGGGCGAAGGAGGUCUCGUGCGGAGAGCGCUACGCCCUCGCGUUCUUCUGUUUGGAUACGGCCUGCGUCAUGAUCUUCACCGUCGAGUACCUGCUGCGUCUGAUCGCCGCGCCCAGCAGGUACAAGUUCGUCAAAAGCGUCAUGAGCAUCAUUGACGUGGUGGCCAUCAUGCCUUACUACAUCGGCCUGGUCAUGACGGACAACGAGGACGUGAGCGGGGCCUUCGUUACCCUUAGGGUCUUCAGGGUCUUUCGGAUUUUCAAAUUUUCGCGGCACUCCGCGGGACUGCGCAUACUGGGGUACACGCUCAAGAGCUGCGCGUCAGAGCUGGGCUUCCUGCUCUUCUCUCUCACCAUGGCCAUCAUCAUCUUCGCCACCGUCAUGUUCUACGCAGAGAAGGGCUCCUCCGCCAGCAAGUUCACCAGCAUUCCGGCUGCGUUCUGGUACACCAUCGUCACCAUGACAACGCUGGGAUAUGGAGAUAUGGUUCCUAAGACCAUCAUAGGGAAGGUCUUUGGCUCUAUUUGUUCUCUGAGUGGCGUGUUGGUGAUCGCUCUUCCUGUCCCCGUCAUUGUGUCCAAUUUCAGUCGGAUCUACCAUCAAAGUCAGCGUGCAGAGAAGCGACGUGCCCAAAAGAAAACCAGGCUUGCUAGAAUUCGUGCGACGAAGAGCGGUGGCGCUAACGCUUAUUUGCAGUACAAACGCAAUGGGAUGCUGGCGGAAGUGGAGGAGGAGGCAUCAAAACAGGCCGGCCAAGCUUUGGUAUGUAAGUCCAACCCCACUUUUGAGACCCAGCAUCACCAUCUUCUGCACUGCUUGGAGAAAACCACGAAUCAUGAGUUUGUAGAUGAGCAAACUUAUGAGACAAGUUGUAUGGAGGUUUCCUUAUCGAAGCCGUCCAUGUCCCGUUCCUCCUCGCUGUCCUCCUCUCCACAUGGCCUGUCCUCCUGCUGCACACGCAGAAACAAGCGCAAGAGCUUCAAUGUCCCUAAUUCCAACAUGGUUGCUGGUCGCAGGGGCAGCAUACAAGAGCUCAGCACCAUCCAGAUCAGAGAGAGACCAAUGAGCAACAGCCGCUCCAGUCUCAAUGCCAAGUUUGAGGAGACAGUACCCCUGAAUUCGGAAGACCAGUCCUACAUCACUGCCGCUGUCAUCAGCAUGCCCACACCUCCGAUGACCACACCUGAGGGCGAAAACUCGGCCAGCUCGCCCGACUUCUUGCAAAGCAACAUUGUCAGGGUGUCUGCAUUAUAGACCGUCCAUCGUGACCAUUAGCCAUUUUAUUUAGCGAGUGGACGCUGGAGCAGAAAGGAUCGACGGAGCCCCCUAGUGUAGUGGAGGAGGCAUUACAGCAGGAUGGGCUAUAGCUGGACCUUUUUUUUUUUUUAGCAGCUCCCGCACAGAGAUCUCAGUCUCUGUGAGCUCCUUCAGCUCCACCUCUAGGCCCAUAAGUCAUGUGACUCACACCGGAGUCCAAUAGGCUUUCACUCAACUCAUAGAGGAAAACAAUGACCAUUGUGGUUGUUACAGCUUCUAUAAUUUUUCAGUAUUGUGAGUCUUUGAAUCUGUUGUCUUCAAUCUGACGGGAUUGCCAGAUUUUGGGACAAAUAAGGAGUGUACCAGCAGGGGCGGGAUUUUACAAACUUUUACACAGCUAUACACACACUUUUGAUACUUCAAAGUAAAGCUGGGCUCUACUAGAGUGUGCGGUCGGAUGGUUUUGUGUGUGUGUGUGUGAUCGAGACCGAUCUCUUGCAUGUUUUGAGUAAGUCUUUGUCAUUUUUCAAUUCGGCAUGAGCAAUAAGGAUUGGCUCGUUCUGUCGGAAUGUGUGCUUUUUACUUUUGCCUAGUUAUAGAUCUUUCCAACCCAUAAAGUGUGUGAAAACAGCUGUUAUGAGAGACUGACCUGUUGAUAAAGGUGAUAAAUGGUGAAAAAAAACCUGUCUAAUACUCUCUCUGUCCCACCCAUGUUGCGUUCACUCCUUGCCUGGCCUGAUGAGAUGUUUGUUAUCCUUUUUCUUUUUUUUCUUUUUUGUCGGCAAAAAGCUAAAUAGAAAAGGAAAUGCCUCUUGUGUUUUAAUAUAUUUGACUUUCUCAAACUGACAGUGGAGGCUUGUGGACUUGAGCUCUAACACUAGCCAUUCUGUUUUACACUCCAAAGUUUGCGAGUUAACUGUGAAAAGAAAAAAAACUUGCUUAUUUAUUAUCUUUGUUAAAAUGAUUGUGCAUGUUGUCGUACACAUGGUGAAAUGGGCCAGUGUUGACAAGAGCAUAGAGCCCGCCCAGGACAUUUUUUUCAAGUUCUGUCUUUUUCGUCCCUCCCUUUAAAGAUGUACUUUUAUCAGCAAACAUUCUAAAGUUUGUCUAUUAUUUCUGGAUAAUGGCAUCAAGUUGAGAGUCAUCCAGUCAGAUUCUUAGUAUUGUUUUGGAGAUUAUUAUAUCAUUGUGAUCAGCAGCACUUAAAACGGGAAUCUCACAAAGUAACAUUCAGGUUUAUUUCACUCCCAAAUCAAAAGAGAAUAAAUUACACUUUGCUUGUUUUUAAAAUAAUAUUAAAAACAUUUUAGUGAUAAUUAAGCACACUCCACUCCAUGCGAAUUCUCAUUACCAUAAUUCUUUUUUGUAUCCUCAUUCUCAAUGGUGAUUUUUGUUACUGUAAUACAGUAUUUUAAAAGCAAAUAUAUAAUGCUUCAGAAUGAUUGUAAA